GACUUCACGUCAUCUAGCGGGGCACGGUUGCACCCGUACGUGCACACUUUGAAUAACUGGGCUGUUCAAUGGUUCCACGUGUUUGUAACCGAUUGCUAGUGAAAGAGUAUCAUUCUUGGAGAACCUGUUCUAUUGAGCUAUUCCACUCGCGACCUUUUUUACUGAAAAGAUAAUUGCUAAACCGGAACGUGUAAGUAAGUGUCAUGUCUCUUAAUCUUGUACGCGGAAACCAAUCGUGCCUACUCAUCAAACAAAGUCAUCUUUUUAUAGACUACUUAAAACAUAUUAUUUAUAAUUAUGUGAAGUUUACACAGUCAUUCUUCAAAUGUGUAUGUCACUAUGGAGUGAAAUAGCUAAUGAACAUUAUCAUUGUACAGAGCAACAGUACGGGUAUAUUAGUAAAUACAUUAGACAGUUUUAAAAAAAAACCUUUUCAAGUAGGUGCAGUUAUUUAAUUAGUUGAUGCUUUUAAAGCUGAUUUUUAUAUUAUUUUUUUUUAUCUACACAUUCUUUAUCCGGGACUCUUAAAAGUUUUUCCUGGAAUUUAAACAUCGUUCAUAAGGUGAUAAAACUGUUAUCCUAUUUCUUGGACUUAUGGUACUCUGUAAUCGAGAUUAUUUAUUUUAAAUUGGCAUCGAAUGGGUGAUUUUUGUUUUUUUAUUUUUUUUAUUUUCUUUUUCUUUAAGUAUUCAAAGAAAUAUCCCGACUCCUCCAAUUCUUAAAAGACUCAAUUCAAUGUUUUAUUUUGUCCUUCAAACUUUCGGUUGACACACCGGACUUAGCUAGUUGCUUUCAGGAUACAUCAUUGUGUAAGAUGGUGAUUUAUGCUUGUAAAGUUAAAAAUCUAGUUAGCAUGUCACAUAGGUCUAACGUAAUUAUUCGUUGUUCUUGUUCUUUCAUGGUAGGCGCUGAAAAUCUGACCAUUAUAAUGAUACGCCCCUGACAUUAACACUUUUAUUUUAUGUAAGCAUUGCACUUGCGUUUGUGUGGCUAAUGUUUCAACUUUAGGUGUGGUUUUAGAAUGACAUUUCCCUUGUGUUUGUGUGGCUAAUGUUUCAUCAUGAGUUGUGAUUUUAGAAUGACAUUUCUCUUGUGUUUGUGUGGCUAAUGUUUCAAGAUUAGGUGUGAUUUUAGAAUGACAUUUCCCUUGUGUUUGUGUGGCUAAUGUUUCAUCAUGAGUUGUGAUUUUAGAAUGACAUUUCUCUUGUGUUUGUGUGGCUAAUGUUUCAUCAUGAGUUGUGAUUUUAGAAUGACAUUUCUCUUGUGUUUGUGUGGCUAAUGUUUCAAGAUUAGGUGUGAUUUUAGAAUGACAUUUCCCUUGUGUUUGUGUGGCUAAUGUUUCAUCAUGAGUUGUGAUUUUAGAAUGACAUUUCUCUUGUGUUUGUGUGGCUAAUGUUUCAUCAUGAGUUGUGAUUUUAGAAUGACAUUUCUCUUGUGUUUGUGUGGCUAAUGUUUCAUCAUGAGUUGUGAUUUUAGAAUGACAUUUCUCUUGUGUUUGUGUGGCUAAUGUUUCAAGAUUAGGUGUGAUUUUAGACUCAAUAUUUUUACUUGUGUUUGUGUAAAUAAUAUUUCAACCGUAACAUGACUUCAUGAAAAUUGAUAAAUAAUUUUUUUUUCAAGUUGCAUUACAAAAAUAAAAAAUAAUAAAAUAUUUGAUUUAAAAAAUGCCGAAAAGGAAGUGUUUACGUAUAGCCCAACUUAAAAGUUAACCCCUAUAUUAGCGUGCAGGUCAACACCCAUGUUAGCGUGCAGGUAAACACCCAUGUUAGCGUGCAGGUCAACACGUAUGUUAGCGUACAGGUCAACACCCUUGUUAGCGUGCAGGUCAACACCCAUGUUAGCGUGCAGGUCAACACCCAUGUUAGCGUGCAGGUCAACACCCAUGUUAGCGUGCAGGUCAACACCCAUGUUAGCGUGCAGGUCAACACCCAUGAUAGCGUGCAGGUCAACACCCAUGUUAGCGUGCAGGUCAACACCCAUUUUAGCGUGCAGGUCAACACCCAUGUUAGCGUGCAGGUCAACACCCAUGUUAGCGUGCAGGUCAAUAGGAAUGGGAAGAUGAAUAUUGGGAAUCAGCAAGAGGGACUUUUUAUUUCCGGUGCCAAUAAGGGUGCGUUGGAUUUAAGGGCGCACGUCCGAACGCUGAAUGAAAUGAAGAGUUCUGUCUCGAGAAAACUUCAUCUAACAAAUUUACCAAUCUGUCCUUACCACCAGGCUUCAUAUUGAGGAAUAGACUGCAGCAGCUGAAGGCAUAUUGGCCUUUCAUGCAGGCAAGCUGCAGUUGUAGUUCAUUAAAAUUAACAUUUUUUUCCUGAUUCUUAUAAUGUAUGCAAAAAUUUAUUUAGUGUACGGUAAUGUGCACUGAACAAACACUUGAUACAAGUUGAUAGUUUGAGUCUAUUUUAAACAAUAAUAAUGAAUUUUUUCUAUGUGCAGCACUUAACAUUGCUGUAGUUCUAAGAGUUGGCUAUGGGAUUUGCAUCCGGAAUUGAUGAAAAUUUUUGAGUGUCCUCUUUUUCAUCUGAGGAUCUGUAACCUAACUUAUAGCUAUGACCUCAUUUGUGAAAAAACAAACCAACCGUAAAUGAUACAAAACGGUAAUGUGAUUUUGUACAUCUUUCAAAGAAAUAGAUCUCGAAUUUUUGUGACAGUUGACAUAAGAAAGAUAUAAGUAAGAUAUUUGUGACUGCUAGAUUUAAUAGAAAUAUAAAUAAGCUAUUAUGUGACAGCUGGCUAUAAUAAAGAUAAAAAUAAGCUUUUUUGUGAAAUACCUACUAACUUACUUUAUGCCUUUCUACCCCGUCUGGGGGCAUAGGCCGUCUACAAGAACUUUCCACUCAUCACGGUCCUGUGCUUACCUUUCCAAUUGCUUCCAGGUGUAUCACAUAUUUUGCGUGUCAGCCUCUAGCUUUCGUCUCCAUGUAUUCUUAGGCCUUCCCCUCUUUCUUUUUUCCUGUGGGUUUCAUGUUGGUCAUUGUCUGGUGGUGCUCUCUGGGUGUUUUCGGAGCGUAGGAACCAUCCAUCUCCACCUUUUCUUUAUAUCUUCAUCAAUGGGCACCUGGUUUGUCCUUUCUAUUAGAUCUUUGUUAUUGAUAGCAUUUGGCCAUUUGAUUUUCAGGAUCUUUCUAAGGCAUGUGUUUAUGAAUGUCUGCACUUUCUGUAUAAGGCUCACUGUUGUUUUCCAAGUUUCUGCAACAUAUAGUAGAACUGUUUUGACAUUUGUAUUAAAGAUUCUGACUUUGGUUUGCAGUUUCAGUUCCUUCGACUCCCAUAUUUUCUUUAAUAGCACAAAUGCCGAUCUAGCUUUUCCAAUUCUGGCCCUUAUCUGCAUCGGAUCCGCCAUUUGUGUCUAUGGUUUCUGCCUAAUUAUGUGAAUGACUCCACUUCUUCCAGUGCCUUUCCUGCCAGAUAGAUGUGCCGAUGGUUCGAUGGGUUUACCUUCAUGAUUUUUGUCUUGCUCUUAUUUACAUUGAGACCAAGCUGUGCUGAAAAGGUGGCUACGUCUUUUGUCUUUUCCUGCAUUUGUUGCUGGUUGUGGGACAGAAGUGCAAUGUCAUCUGCAAAGUCUAAAUCAUUCAGUUGUUCCCAGAGUGUCCACUAUAUCCCAUUCCUCUUUUUGUAUGUGGAUUGUUUCAUUAUCCAGUCAAUGGCAAGGAUGAAUAGCAAUGGGGACAAGGGGCAUCCUUGUCAGACUCCUGUUUCGACUGUAAAGGAAUCUGCCUUCGUGAACCACCCUGCAUGUCAUUUCUUCAAAAGAGCUCUGAAUGAUCCUGACUAGUUUCCCUGGUACUCUAUAGUGCCGAAGAAGUUUCCACAAGGAUUGUCGGUCCAGGCUAGCAAAGGCCUUUUCGUAGUCUAUAAAAUUUAUAUAUAGGGGGGAGUUCCAAUCGAUGGACUGUUCUACAAUGAUUCUUAUUGUUGUGAUUUGAGCUGUGCAUGAUCUGUUGUGGCGGAAGCCGGCCUGUUGAUCUCGUAGAUGCAUGUCGAACUGGUCUUUUAUUCUGUUCAAAAUAAUUCUGUUAAAGACUUUUCCUGGUACAGACAGCAGUGUGAUUCCUCUGUAAUUUGCACAGUUGCUGAGAUCCCCUUUCUUUGGGAUCUUGAUGAGGUAUCCUUCUUUCCAAUCUUUUGGAACUCUCUCUUCUUCCCAUAUCUUUUCAAACAGAGGGUGCAGCAUGUUGACUAUUGUAUGUAUGUCAGCUCUCAUCAUCUCUGCUGUGAUGUUGUCCGUUCCCGGUGAUUUCCCUAAUUUAAGCUGCUUGAUGGCCAAAGCUAUUUCUUCCUUAUUGUGUACGUCUUCAUUUGCUGGUUGUUGUCUGGUGUGUCUGUGGGUGGGGGUAUGUUUAAUAGUUCCUUCAAGUAUUCCAUCCAUCUUUUUUCUUGCUCUUUUCUUUCUGUUAUAGAUCUACCUUCUCUAUCUUUGACAGGUCUUUCCAGCCCUUUGUAUCUCCCUGACAGUUUUCUUGUUACGUCUUAGAGCUCUUUCAAGUUACCCUUCCUGGCUGCUUCUUCUGCUGUCGAUGCUAGGCCAUCUAUGUAGCCAAUUUUAUCUUUUGUAAUGUUGUCUUUACCUUUUGGUUUGCUUCUUUAUAUCUCUCUUGCGCGUUCGUUUUUUCCGCCCUGAUGCGGCUGCUGUUAACAAUAUUUUUCAUUUCUUUUCUCUCUUUUAUUUUUUGCAGUGUGCUUAUUGAGAGCCAGUCUUUUUGGUUCUGCUUCACUGAUCCUAAAACUUCUUUGCAUGUGGAUGUUACAGACGUUUUUAUACUUUGCCAUAAAUGUUCUACUUGGUCAUCUUCUGUUUGGUCAUCUGUUUGAUCUUCUAGCGCUUGGACCUUAUUUCUCAAAGUAGCACUGAAUACUUCCAUUUUCUGCUCAUUUGCCAAAAGUGCUACAUUCAAUUUGGUUCGCUUGGCAGUUGGCUGUUCCCAGUUUUUCCUUAGCUUUGGCUUAAGUCUCGCCCAAACAAGAUGAUGAUUGGAUGCGACAUCUGCUCCUCUUUUUGCUCGAACACCUUGUAGCGACUUUCUAAACUUUUUGCUGAUACAUACGUGAUCUAUUUGGUUUUGUGUUUUGUUGUCUGGGGAUAGCCAUGUUAUCUUGUGGAUUUUUUAAUGUUGGAAUUCGCUUCCCCCAAUAACAAGCUCAUUUGUUGCGCAGAAGUCCGCCAGUCUUUCCCGUUCUCAUCACUCUCUCCUACCCCGUGUCGUCCCAUGAUUUCCUCAUACCCACUUUCGUCUUUUCCAAUCUUGGCGUUAAGGUCUCCCAUUAUGAUGUUCAGGUCUCUAGUUGGGAAUUUUUCUAUUAUUGCUUGUAGUCUAUUGUAGAAUGUUUCUUUCUCUUCUACAUAGUUUUGCACACUCUAACCGAACCCUCUUAUUGCUGUACGCAUCCUUAAACAAAAAUAUUCAAAAUGAUUACUCCCCACCUCUAUUUAUUUAUUCAGGCAUUUUUAUAUAGCGCUUACCUUAAAGCUCUAAGCGCUUUACAAUUAUUAAAAACAUGUAAACUAUCCCCCCGGCCGGCCCCACCCCCAUCCCUACCCCCAAGUACGUGUACAAUAUACACAUUGCCGCUUAGAGAUUGCUGCUCACUCACACUGCAAGCAGUUUUUAUACUAUGAUGAACACGUCUUGUUUCUUCAUUAUUUUUAAGGUUUUUUUGUGUUUGGUUUGCUUCAUAAAAUGUAUUCAAUAUCAUUAUGUAUGGAUCUAUGCCUUAGCAAUACAAAGUGACAAAUGUCACUAAUUUUCGUUUUUCUUUCGCCUGGUCAUAUGAGACAAAAACAAACGUGCAAGUUAAUAUAGUGGUAGCUGCAUACGACUACUGAAUGAUUUAUAGCGUAAUUUUAAGGUCAGUUGUGCGUGUUUGUGUAUAUAUAUAUAUAUAUAUAUAUAUAUAUAUAUAUAUAUAUAUAUAUAGAGAGAGAGAGAGAGAGAGAGAGAGAGAGAGAGAGAGAUGGAUGGAUGGAUGGAUGGAUGGAUGGAUGGAUGGAUGGAUGGAUGGAUGGAUGGAUAGAUGGAUGGAUAGAUAUGUACAGCUAGUGCUCGACUUACGACCACGUUGAAAACGCAUUUGUUAACAGUAAUGUGAAGUGAUAUUAUAAAAAUAUUUAAGUUAAAUUAUUUAAUAAAUUUCAUGUAUUAUUGUUAUAAAUCAUAAUUUUCGAUGUCUACGACCGCCGAUGAUUGCAGACAACGCCGUUUGACUGAUGAUUGAGGCAGAAAUAAAUCUGAAAUCUUAUACAGUAUCGUUAGUUAUUUUGGUCGUAAAGUCAAAUGGUCUGCAUAGGUCGUAAGUCGAGUGCUAGCAUGUUUUUCAAAAUAUAAUAGUGCAUUAAAAUCACGAGCGUGUUGCACGGGCCCCGCCUAUCAUUGUACCGACUCAUAAUCUAAUUCACAUCAUUAUACCAGGUAUUCAGUUAUAAGCAGUUCCCGUGCUGUGCGAUUAAAUGCCGUCGGUAGGACCCGACCAGUGACUUGCCGGCUGUACUGACUCAACAUCUGGCGUGUUAGUCAAGAUGCGCUACGCCAUUCCACAGCAGACGUUUAUCCUGGUUAACAUGGCCUUCCUCUUUUACAGUCUAGGUUGUAGGUUGGUCCACUCUUUAUCUCCAUUGAUCAGAACCGCUGCCGGCUGAUGUGUAGUGUGUGUAGUGUGUAGGCUUGCAUCCGGGUCAGCAUAUCAUCAACGUUGAUAUUAAUGUCUUAAAGAAACGGUCAGUGUUUAAUUUUGUAUUUUUAUUUUAAUUCCCAAAACAGUUCCUUCCUUUCUUUAACUUUAUAUUAAAUUAAUGUUAUGUCAUUUAUGUACAGUUAUUUUUUUUUUUUAAAUAGACUUACUUAAAUUUCUCUAACAUAAAAAUUUAGAAAGAAGUUUAAAAUAAUAAAUACAUAAAUAAUAAUAAUAAUGAAAAACAAGUAACACAACUGGAAUACGAAAUGACUUUGGCAUUCCUGUUUGAAAUUAUGACAUCACCAGGCAUUCUGACUUACUUGGACGCGUGUGUUCUACCUAACAUUCAGUCUUCAGUCUCAAGUGUAAAACUUAACAUAAAAUAGUAUUAACUACAUUACAAUUAUGUGCUUAUUUUGACAUCCAUCGGUUUUUUGUUGUUUUUUUAAUGCUUUGUUGAAAUCUGGCGGGAUUUAAAAAUAGGCAGAAUUCAGGAAGAAACCUUAAAACAAAAAAAAAAAAAAAAAAUCUUUAGGUAAAGCAGACAGUAGACACAGUUGGUGCUCCACAUCUUCCUCUCGUUUCAUUUUUUUGUUGUUUUUUUAAUGCUUUGUUGAAAUCUGGGGGGAUUUAAAAAUAGGCAAAAUUCAGGAAAAAACCUUAAAACAAAAAAAAAAAAAAAAAAUCUUUAGGUAAAGCAGACAGUAGACACAGUUGGUGCUCCACAUCUUCCUCUCGUUUCACUUUCUGAAGCGUUCAGUUACCAAAAUAAUAUUGGGUCUGUCAUUUGCGACAGUUUUAGUUCAUUACCAUCUGCUUUUCUACAACGUACAAUCCCAACCUCACGAUUAUAGAAAAAGAAAGUAAUCGAAAAAGUCAUAGAUUAAUAAAUGAAAACUUCACAGAACUUUAGUCAAGGGAAAAAAAUUCUUAUUAGACAAAAAUUCAUAAGAAAAAGUCAUUUGAAAAAGUGACAUAAAAUCAUAGGAAAAAAAAAGAAGAAGAAAAAAGUAAUGGUGGCGUAAGGUGACAGGCAUCAUUUCCUCAAAAUAGAAGCUAGUUGCAUUCUUCUCCUGCUCUUAAUCAUCUCCCUUCACAAAACUUAAAGUCCUCUUACCCCCCCCCCCCCUUUUUCCGUGUAUCAAAUGCAUCAACGAUGGGCCCUAAACAAAUGACAAAACACUCUAUAUCAUUGGUCAGUCAAUUUUGGUAAUAUUGUGCUUAAGUAAGAUUUCACAUUCAAUCAGCCUGCCAACAUCAUAUAUUUUACUUCCUGACGCGAUUUUGUCAUUCUAAUUAAUACUCUUGACUUCCACUUUGGUCUAAUUUGUACCAUUGUAAACGCUUCGCACUCAUUGUUCUGCACGAGUGAUUCAAGUUUUUCAUUCAGACCUCACUGGGGGGAGGGGGGGGUGCUUAAUUGGAAAGAGUCAAGUGCUCCAACACCCUGGCGAAAAAUGAGUACAACAAUACAGGGGUGUACCGUGCUAUAAAAGAAUUACUUGAUUGUCCAUUUUGUUCCAUUUUAUUUUUGAAUUUUUAUUCAAUUGAUAAAAUUAGAGAGAUUGUGGAACACAUGUAAUAUUGCUAUGAUCAACUGAUUUUAUUCCCUCGAUAUAUUUAUGGCAAAUCUAGAUACUUGUACAGCUUUCGUUUCUAAAUACCAUAUUAUGGUUCAAAAAUGUGCCACUCACUAUUUUAAGCGGCAUAUCAUCAUGCAAUAAAAAAUAUACUGAUUGGUAUAAUUUGCCAUUCUUAAACAAUUUAUAAAAGUUGUCAUUGAGAGGUUAUCUACUUUGUUGUGUGUUUGUGUCUUGUGGUGAUCCUGGUCGCCCAGUAGCGUAAAGAGAGUAAAUGCAACCCUGGGUGGGCCAAAGUUUUGUUCGUCCCCCCACCCCCCCCAUUUGGAUUAAAAACUCUUCAGUAGACCAAAAAUACUGCGCCUCCAUAAAAUGAAGAAAAAAAAGCGCCCCUUGGCGGUACGCACUUUCCUGCGCCUCUGGCACUGUCCAACCGAAAAGGUUCAAUCCCCUCUUCCAAACCGAGCAAAAUGUCUGACAGCAACACUGCACAGACUUAAUUUGAAGACCUCACCUCUGUCUCACAGUUCAGCCCCUAAUUUACAACACGAACUAAGCCCCGACCAUCACAACCACCCAACGUCCCACUUACGCUUGGAUACCCGGAAGACUUGACCUACUUAGCGGCAACAUAUAUGAUGCGCUUUAAUUUUUUGUUAGUUAUUUAAUAAUACUUGGUGCGUGUACUCUUCGAAGUGUUUAGGAAAGUAUAUUCUAUUAACGUGUGUAAGAAAAGCCGUCUAUAAAUUUAUCAUAUUGAAUACGAAUACACACGCCAGUAUACACAUUAUAAUAUUAAAACGUUUCCAUUCGCAAAUCCGGAAAAUUUGUGCGAGGAAAUUGCACAGCCAAGAAAAAUAAUUGCGUCAACCUAUAAAAAAAAAACUAUUUAAAAUGCCGGUAGAUUGACGUAUCAAUGUUUUAAAGGUAACGUCAUCUCCAAGGCAGUGCUGUGAAAAUGUGAACACUCAUUUGUUGUGAAGUUUCAAAAGCGUGCACAAGACUGAUUUUUAAGUUAAAGCUAUUGUGUCAAUUGGAUUUCAGUAAUUCUUUGAUAAAUUCUCGAUUGAAUCAUUCUUGUAUGAACUUCAAAUGUUUCGAAAUUUUUUGUUUAAUGAUUUACUUUUUUUUCGUCUGUUAAGAUACGUUAAACUGUUUUCUCAAUAAAAACGUGCCGACAAUUUAUGAUGAAAAUAGCCUGAAAUAUUUUUCAUGCAACGAAUCUUAACUCGCAUUAACAUUUAAGGAUCGAUAUUUUGGGGAAUGAUAUAGGCCUACCUAUGAUUUUUAACAUUUAUUAUUUAAGUCAUAUUUUUAUGACGUUAUAAUAUGUUUUAUUUUGUGUUUGAUUUAUUUAACUGUCUUAUUUGUUUAAUUUUAUCUUUCUUUCUUUCUUUAUUUUUUUUAAUUUAGGAUUUUAACUAGCGUUAGAAACUAGGACUACUCUUCCAACCAAGUGCAAUGGAUCUCAAGCUGAACCUCUUUGUAUCCGCGCUCAUCGCAUUGGCUUCAAUACCAGCAGAUUGCGACGCCGCGUCAACGACCCAGCCACCACCAGCGAGAGGGACCGACGCCUUCGUGGAGUACGCCUCGACACUUGACGUCCAGCCACCGAGCUACUGGACGCAACAAAGCCCAACCAACUGGAGCAUCGUCGACGUGGACCAGGCCACGAAGGACGCCAUCUCGGCGUUGGUGGACCAGACGUGGGACCAGGGUCUGAUCGGGAAGGGAGACGACGGGCGAAACUUGAAUCAGACGAGGAUCAAGGUCACAAACGUCAAGCGGAUCGAAAAUCCGAAGCUGUUCAACAAGUACGGCGCCCGCCGUCAGGAGAUUCUGAACGCCCUUAAAAAAUUGGCGCCCAGGGUUGCGAGUUUGAACGGGUCGCGCGGGGACGUGUCGACCAGUCAGAAUCUUCCGAAAUCCAUCACCGAUCAGGUGUACACGGAGGUCAACGAGCACUACUUCUUCCACGGCACCAAGGUCAGGUACGUCAACCUGAUCGCGGAGAACGGGUUCAACAUGAGCGUGGCUGGCCUGGGGCAGUUCGGGCGAGGAAUUUACGGGGCGGAGAGGUCAACCAAAUCUGACCAGUACACAGGUGGGCAUCGGGUGGCUUCUCAUAUUAGACGAUUUUUUUUUAAACCUAACAGCGCGUCACUGAAUUUUUGUAAUACAUAACUUCUGCCCCAUGCACUAAUAUCGACUGCUGUAGACAAUGAAAGCGCUUGAAGAAGUUAAUUUGAAUUGCUUUGCUGUAAAUUUUUGCAUGAUCUUCCAGUAUUGUUGCUGAGACAUUCAGUGUCUUAAAGUCAAAGCAGCUAAUACUACUUUCACUAGUGAAACUUUAAGGAAUCGUAACAAGAUUAGUUUUCCCAACAAGGCAAAAAGAGGAGGGGGGGGGGGGGUGUUAAAUGAAAAAAAAAAAAAAUAAUAAUACUGACAAUGAAAAAUAGUUAUCAAAAUUCACUCCCAGAAGAAAAAAAAAUAUCUUUUAUAAUUCGUUACACACAUAAUGAUUAUAUUAUUUUGACAUUUCAAGCUGGUCACAAUGAAUAAUGUUAAACUAAAACGAAUAUUAGUCUUACUGUACAAUCAUUUUUUUAAAUCCAAAGCGAUAGGCACUCCAUGCACUUUCUGAACAUAACGUGAACAGAGACAGACUAAUAUUUUCAACAUCUUCAAAGUCAGAUUUUAAAAUUUAAGUGAUUUACAUUUUUCGUCAGACAAGCAAAAGUCUGUCCAUUCGUGCAACAGUUGAGAUUCCCUGAUUUUGAUACUCCAGGAAAAAAAGUAUUUUUACAUCCAUGUAGUUAUCUCCCACCGACAAAAUGAUUUGUUCACCUAUCCUUGAUUGAGUCCUUUGCAUUGUAUAAAGAAUAUGGAAGAUUAAAAAUAAAACUCGUUGUCAGAAUUAUAUACUUUUUCUUUAUCACUAUCCUCCACUGAACAUUUUGAAUGGAAAAACAAUAUUUGCAAUGCAAUUUCUGUAACAUAUGCAUUUGUAAUUUUUUAAAUUUUUUUUUAUGUUUUUUUUCUUUUUUCUCUAAUUUCCCCAAGACGCCACCGGACCUUUUCAAAACAUGCUUCUUGUAAGGAUGACACUUGGCAAUGUCUACCUGUGUAGGACCAACGAAACCAGGUUGCGUAAGUGUCUUUUAGUACCUUUUAUUCACAUGGUUAACAUAUUAAGGGUUUGAUUAAAUUUAUAUUUUUAAAAAAAAAAUUGGUAUGUGUCAUCACAUGCCCCCGUACAAGCCUCAUAUUUACGACACGGACAAUACCGGCACAGAUACUACCGACGCAGAUACUACCGACACAGACACUACCGACACAGACACUACCGACACAGACACUACCGACAGAGACACUACCGAGUCGAAAGAAGCACACGAAUUAGUCAUGAAAUCCUAUGCAAAAGAAUCUGAGGUCUCCCGACUCGUAUUUAAAAUGUAAUAAAAAAGUAUAUAUUAGCAGCAUGGCUCAACCAAAAUUGCCUUUCUUAUUCAAAACGGGCAAUAACUCUAAAACAUGUCGGUCUAUUCAAAUUUAGUCAAAGAACGUCAUCGGUAUUUUCGUGGCCCACUUAAAUAGGACAUUCAGAAAUGGCAUCAGCGGGCCGUCGAGCUUGCGCUCUUUAUGCCCUCCCCAAAACACCCCUCCCCAACCCGGUAUCGGGCCGCGUAGCGGCACGUUAGGGAUGUCCCUUUGUCAGGACGGCCCCCACCCGGGUCUGCUCGACCAGGUGUCCACCGGGGGCCGUCCUAACCCAAAGACACCCGGUCAGUCCUACACUGUGUUUGCACACAAUGCACACGAUUGACUUUCUCAGGAGUCCGGAUGGAAAAACUUACGUCUUAAUAUCUUCCCCCACCAAUCCCGUGGAAGCGUUAGAUGCCCUAAGAGGGAUUCUAAAGUGGGUUUCCCCAACGCAAACAAUUCGCGAUGCAGUUGGGACGAAACGGUUGCCUUGUAGCAGCUUCUCAGGGCUGCGUAGUAAGAAUCAUCGGCCAGAGGUUACCACCUUCGCCUCUCGCCUCAUAUCCAUUAACAACAACUUGUAAUCAUGAUCCCUACCCUGUCACUGCCUAUUGUUCCAGUUGGGAAAUAUCACAACUGGCAGCCCUGUAGGAGCUGUUUUAUGUACGGCAGGUACCGAGCACAUGGCACAUCCCUUGUCUGCCCACGCAGGACGCGCCCAGUGGUUGUGUUUCCCGGGUAACGUCGAGGGGGUCGGUGGCCGACGCCUCCUAAACGACAAGCCACCACAGACAAGUCAAUCGGAGACAACACUAAUGCUCAAAUUGUGCUUAAUACAUCAAUAUUAAAAUAUGUGGGACGUAAUGUGGGCGUUUGUUUUCUCACUUAAAAAGAGCUAAAGAAACCAACAUUAACAAAUUAAGUCAUGUGUAUGUCUGUACUUUCAUGCAAUGGUGGUUUCCGUCGCAUAGAAAAUACGCUGUGUGUUCAAAAGGAUGUCGUUAAAAAUCUCUUCUCGGGCUGGUGGCUAGGAUCAAAGUGAAGUAAUUUUUUUCCCGUCGGGCUACCAAACCUGUUCCCGUGUCUCGUGAUAUGUAAUCAGAGACCGUUUAGGGCAGACAUUGAAUGGAUUAUGACACAGUACAUCUUAUGGCCGAAGCUCCCCCCACCCUUUACAUAAAAUUGUGUACAAACAGACAUAGUUUCACUUACGCCUAUUUUAAAUAAAAAUAUGUCUAUAUUCUUUAAAUAAAUAAUUUGUUUAAAUUUGAGGUUAAUUUAUGCAUUUUUCUUGAAAAUUUAAAUCUUUUUAUUAAUAUAUAUUUAUAUUCUCACGCACAUGGUAAGGAAAAUUUCAUUUUCAACCAAGAGUUAUAGCACACUUCAUUUAUUCCAAUAAGUUUUUGUUUUUUUUAAAAUAAAUUUAAAUCUCAUUUUUCGACUAAUUCUCAUGUAAAUGUAUGAUUGUUACGCACUGCCUUUUAUAUUGAGAAAUUAAUCUUCUAUUUUAAAUUUAUGGCUCGUUCAAAUAGUGCCUAACAAAGGACGAUACCAUAGAGAAAUACAACAACAAAAUACAACACGCAAAACAGUACCGAGUACUAAUCACAAUUAAUAAGAUUUAAUUUAGUAAUAAUACAAUUACAAAACAAAAGAAAUGUAAUUACAAAUUAUCAACUUUCAGAGUAUUGGAAAAUCUUGUACCGGUACACAAUUAUUAGAAUGAGCCAAUUAAAAAUAAUAAAUGAUGAAUGUGAAAUAAACACUUAUAUGCACACAAAGAAUAAUACAAUUGUCUCGUGAAGUUAAAAAUAUCUAUAUGAAUCUUCGUCCCUCUCUGUGCCUGUCAAUCCCUUGUAUAUGUGGGUCUGCCGACCGUCUAGAAACACCUUUACUUUUCUAAUACAAUCGCGAACAUUCGACAAAACACCCCUGAGAACAAAUUAAUUAUUUUAGUUGCUUUCGACAAUAAACACGACAGAUUAAAAGACUAAGCCCCGCCCAUCUAUGAACGUAGCGUCUCAUGAGGGGUCAACCAGGUGCACGCAAGAGGAAAGUGUUGUAAACAAGCUCUACAUAACAAUGAUCUAUAAUUUCGUUUUCAGUCAUCCGGAACGCCAGCCUCCCUCCCACGAAGGACGACACCGGUAACCUUGUGACUUACAACUCAGUCAUGUCUGACUUCAAAGAUGACGUCCUUGGGGUUUUCCGUGAGUUCAUCAUCUACAACGAAACUCAGUUUUACCCCGAAUACGUCAUAGAGUACGUCCGUAUGUCAUCGGCCGUGAAGGUUGGAUUAGCUCCCUUCACGUUGAUCAUGUUGAAUCUCGUAAAGUAUGUGCUGGGAUAGCCGCCCCCCUUUUGGGCUCAUUGGUUUUUGUCUUGGUAAAUCAAGCAAAGUAUUUUUUUUUCUUAUACAAAUAGUAUGCUCACCAAUUUAUAUAUAUAUACUUUUCUUUCCUUAAUAUUUUAAAAUAUUACGUUGAUCUGACUAAAAAUUUCUAGCACAUAUUUUAGCCUCCAUUUUUAACGUAAAUACAAAACAGUUAUUUCUUGCAUGAGUAAUGUGAACAGUCUUUUUUAAAGAAUUUUAUUCCAGGCCCAAAAUAAUGCACUUUCAAUGGGGGUAAUAAUUAAUUUAAUUAUUAAAAGUUGUCAUACAUUAUCUUUUAAGCUAAUAAAUGUUGAAUACAGUUUUAAAGCUGCUAUUCAAUAGUUUCAUAUCUAUCUAAAUGGAAACUUUUUUUCCAUGCAUCAUGUGUGUUCAUAUGAAUUUGCGAAGUAAUAUGUAUUUUUUAAUGAGUAAAAUAAUGUAAUGCUUGAAAGAUAAUAAUAUAGACAAUUGUUUAUGUCGCUCAUUACUUAAUGUAAUUUUACUUUUGCCUAUGUCUGUCUUUUCAGAAUAUUGCCUUAUAUUACAUUGAUAAUAAAUAUAUUUCACAUUUUUUAUAUCUUAUACCCUUUCAAUGUUGUUAUUUUUUAAUGAUAUUUUUUUUUAAAUAUUCAUUUUAAAAGCAUUAUCUCAAUUUGACCUUACAGUAAUUUCUCAUCUAAAAAAAAAACCGUACUUCCAGCUUGCU